AUGCCCAGCCGGCAGAAGAAGGUCGUGUUCUCGCUUGGUGGAGCGCUGAGUUUCGGCACGGUGCUGCUCGUGGCGGCGGCGAUGGGAACCCGCUGGUGGGUGAAUGCCAGCGUGCUGUGCCAAACCGGCGCCCAGCUGGUGAACGCCACCGGCUCCGAGCUGGAUAAAUUUAUGGGCACCGUGAGCUACGGGCUCUUCCACGGCCAGAGGCUGAAGCAGUGCGGCCUGGGAGGGAGACCACUCUCCUUCUCCUUUUUUCCUGACCUGGUGGAUGUGAUCCCAGCCAGUCUUCACGUGAGCGUGAUUUUCUUCUGUGCUGUGCUCAUCCUCUUCUCUUCCAUAUGUUGUGCCUUCUUCACGUACAAUGCCUUUGGUAAUCCGUACGAGACCCUGCAUGGGCCGCUGGGCCUCUAUCUGUGGAACAUGAUCAGCUGUCUGUGCAGCUGUCUGGUCCUGAUCCUCUAUGCAGCAGAAGUCAAACUGCACCGCCUGUCUGAGAGCAUUGCUAACUACAAAGAGGGCAGCUUCGUCUACAAGACACGCAGUGAGAAGUUUGACCGCUCCUUCUGGCUCAUAUUCUUGGUCUUUCUUGUGCACUGCCUUAACAUCUUACUGAUCCGCCUGGCGGGGGUCCAGUUUCCUUUCCAGGGGGCCAAAGAGUCUGAUGCCACCACGGGCGCAGCUGAUCUCAUGUACUGA